AAUAUCUCGAGUGGGUCAUCCCCUGCCAGUUCACGCUACCUCAUCCUUUAAUCCUCGUUCUUCUCUCCGGUCUAGGGUUUUUCCUAAGCGCACUGUUUCUGCAAAACCUUUGCGCAGUUUUCUGUAUCUGUCCAACCGAUUCGCACCAAUGGCAGAAGAUUUGGUGUACGCGUCCGCUGGAGGCGAAUCGAACAAGCGCAAGUACGAGGAUUCCCCGUCGCCUGUGGCGCGCAGGACUACAGGUUUCUCCUCGACUCCGGACUCCGCCGUGCCCCCGUCUUCGUAUAACAGUGUUCCGCCACCUAUGAACGAGAUUGAGUUGGCUAAACAGAAGGCGCAGGAGAUCGCUGCAAGGCUUUUGAAUAACGCUGAUCCGUCGAAAAGAGCUCGGCCUGAGAAUGGAGCUGGCUUUGGCGGGGGGUUUGAUGCUGGUAUUGGUCAGAAGCAUUUGGGUUUGGGCCUUACUGGUGCGCCACAGAGCGCAUCACCUGGUUAUCCAGGUCAAAACAAGAAAAUUGAGAUACCAAAUGGAAGGGUUGGUGUGAUUAUUGGCAAAGGUGGUGAGACUAUUAAGUACCUCCAACUGCAGUCAGGAGCUAAGAUUCAGGUCACCAGAGACAUGGAUGCGGACCCUAAUUCUGCUACUAGAGGGGUUGAGCUCAUGGGUACACCAGAUCAAAUAGCCAAGGCAGAACAAUUGAUUAAUGAUGUUCUUUCUGAGGCUGAUGCAGGUGGUUCUGGUGUAGUUUCUCGGCGGUUGGCUGGGCAACCAUCUGGAACUGAGCAGUUUGUGAUGAAGGUCCCCAACAAUAAGGUGGGACUUGUUAUUGGUAAAGGAGGUGAAACCAUCAGAAAUAUGCAAGUAAAGACUGGUGCUCGUAUUCAGGUUAUACCUCUGCACUUGCCACCUGGUGAUAUGUCAAAAGAGAGGACCGUGCAAAUUGAUGGAACUAGUGAACAGAUUGAAGCUGCAAAACAGUUGGUCAAUGAAGUCACCAGUGAGAAUCGUGUAAGAAAUCCAUCGGCAUCUGGAGGAUAUUCUCAGCAAGGUUAUCAAGCGCGGCCUCCAAGUAACUGGUCGCAGCCUGGUGCGGCCGUGCAGCAGCCGGGAUAUGGGUAUGUCCAGCCUGGUGCAUACCCGGGUCCGCCACAAUAUAACAUGAAUCAGCCUCCUUACUCUGGUUAUCCUCCUCAACCUGCUUCUGGUGGGUAUGGAACUGGCUGGGAUCAAUCAACUGCUCAAAAUCAACAAGCUGCUCAGGGAGGUAGCUAUGAUUACUACAACCAGCAGCCACCUCCGCAGCAACAGCAAUCUCAUGGGGGCACGGAUAGUUCUGGCUAUGGGUAUGGCCAGGCUCCACCCUACAGUCAACAACAAGGUUAUGGUCAAGAUGGCUAUGAUGGCUAUAAUGUGGGUACAGCUCAAUCUGCUUAUAACCAGCCCCAACCAAACCCUAGUGCAGGAUACGACCAACAGCAACAAGGGUAUAAUUCUACCUAUGGCAAUGCCUCUAACCCAACAUCUGACGGGCACACUGCUUCAUAUGGAGCGCAGGGCGACACCAAUCAAGCACCUACACCUGGACAGUCGUAUAAUGCCGGUGGUCAACCCAGCCCGAAUUCCAAUUACCCACCUCAAGCUUCUGUCCAGCCAGGUUAUGGUGUGCCCCCAUCUUCACAGGGUGGUUAUGGAACCCCACCAUCAUCUGGUUACGGAAGUUAUGGGACAGCUCAGGCUCAAAAACCUAGCAGUCAGCCAACUUAUGCACAGCCACAGCAGUCACCUAGUGCUCAGGGUGGCAGCUAUGCUCAGACUGGAUAUUCUCAUUCUCAGCCUCCAUCUGCACAGCCAGGAUAUCCUCAGACAGAUUCCAGUGCCCAACGACCUCCGUCAUCAGGAUAUCCAACAUCUCAUCCAGGGUAUGGAGUCCUGUCUUAUGGAGCACCACAAGCAACUCAGCCUGGCUAUGGACAACAGCAGGCUCCACCAUAUAACAGUGCUUAUAGUGGUGGGUACUCCCAGCCUCCAGUUUACUCUUCUGAUGCCUCCUCUGGUGGUAAUGCACGCGGUACUCAUGAUGCCAUCCCACCUCAAUCAGCCCAGUCAACUGGGGCUGUCAAAGCCUCACCCCCUAGUUAAUGAGUUUACUUUAUUGAUGUUUGGUACUACAGUCAUGUAUACAACUUUUAGUAUAUCUUUUUUGUAGGUUUUGAUGCUUUUGCUCUUGUAUUUUGCUGAUUUUCCUAUGAUUGCACUAUGUUUUUUGGUAUGUUUUCUUGGAAUAUUCUCAGGUGGAUUAAUAUGGUCACAGUUGCUUGCAUGUUUACUUGCACA